UUAGUGGUGGGCGGAUCGAUCCAAGUAUCGAUAAUAUCGAUAAUAAUGUUGGUAUUGAUAUUGAUCAAUACCAUCAAUACUUUAGUUUAAAUUUCUCUCCUGAAUGCACUGCGGCUGUCUGGGUAAGCGCUGCUGCUCUCACGACUGUCACAGCGCGGAGCAGGCUUUGCUCCUCCUCUCUCUUGUGUUUUGAUGAUGUACCGUCACGUGACUCAAUGGCGCCAGGCAAGCAAACAGGCUCACUUGCAUGCACACACUCACACAAUACAUAGCGUAAGAAAUUAUGGCAGAGAGAAAGAGAAGUGGUGUGUGGCUUUAUUUUCAAGCCGAAGGUCAAUCAACGGCAAGUUGUAUUAUUUGUAAAAAGGCUGUCAAAUACAGUGGUAAUACAACUAAUUUACACAAGCAUAUGAGAAAUCAUUCAAAAGAAAAUGCAGAGCUACAGAAACGGAAGAGAGGAGGUGAUAAAUCCAACACAACCUGGCCCUGACAGAAGCAGACCCCCAACCCCAAGGCAGCGGACAUUGGCAGAGGCCUUUCAAUUUGGCAGAGAAUAUCCUGCCGAUUCCCCAAGAGCAAUGGAGAUUACGAGGGGCCUUGCAUAAAUGAUAAUGAAGGACCUGCAACCUCUUUCCAUGGUGGAAGAUGACGGCUUUAGAAAUUUUGUGAGGACACUUGACCCACGAUACAAAAUUCCAAGUAGAAAAUCUUUAAUGGAGGGGAAACUAAAAGCUCUUUAUGAAGAAUGCUGCUUUAAGGACAGAAAGGAAUUGAGUGGUGUGGACAAUGUUGUGCUUACAACUGACAUGUAGACAUCAAGAGCCACAGAGGCAUAUUUAACAGUCUUAUGCCACAUCAUAGAUGAAAACUGGCAAAUGAUGGCAUAUGUGUUAGAAACGUGUUGUGUUCCUGGACAACACACUGCAGACAAUAUUUGUUCACAGUUAACCAGAAUCGUGGAAGAAUGGGGCAUAGCAGACAAGAUUCUGGCUGUUGUAACUGAUAAUAGCACCAAUAUGUUUGCUGCUGUGCGCAAAGCAGGUUGGGCACACUACCCAUUUUUUACACACACUUUGAACUUGGUGGUGAAAGACUCUUUCAAGGCUCACCCUGGCUUGCUUGAGAUUCAGCAAAAAAACAGUGCUAUUGUUGCUUUCUUUCACCACAGCACUAAAGCUGCAGACAAGCUCAAAGAAAUUCAGAAGCAGCAGAAGUUCCCUGAACACAAACUAAUUCAAGCAGUUGAGAGAAGGUGGAACUUUGUAUUCUACAUGUGGGAGAGAUUGUCUGAGCAAAAGGAGGCAGUUACCACAGUCCUCUGUCUCCUUGGAAAGAGCUCACUUUGCUUAAGUGAGGAAGAAUGGCCUGUCAUCAGUCUCUCCAUCAUUGUACCGAGACCAUUUGAGCAAGCAACCAGGGAGAUAUCAACUGAAAAACAUGUUUCACUUUCAAAGGUGAUUCCACUGGUGUCACUGCUUCACAGAACCACUGCAACUUCUGAGCGCAAAGGUAGCAAACUAGCUGCUGAACUGUCAGUGCAGUGUCACCGUUGCUUCAAGGCUAUUGAAACAUUUUAUGGUCUUGCUGUCAGCACCUACCUGGACAUUAGAUUUAAAAACCUGGGAUUCCGUGACUCUGCAAACGUUGAGCCUGUAAAAGCUUGACUUGUCACCGAAAUGCAGUCAGUGAGUCAGACCUCAGCACCUUCCUCAUGUGCACCAGGCUCAAGCUUUGCAGCCAGCUCUGCCCCAGCUCCUGCAACUACUUCAAGCUCAUCUGCAGCGGCUGCUGCAUCCCCACCUGCAGCAAAAGGUGGAAUAUGGACAGAAUUUGGCGCUGAAGUCCUUGCAUCUCAGCAGCAUUGGACAACUGGCACUGAUGUCCUAAUUGAAAUGCGCAGGUACUCAGAAGAGAGGCCAAUUCCUUAGGAUCAGGAUCCACUAUGUUGGUGGAAAAAAAAAUCAUCAACAUUCCCCUCUUUGAGCAAACUUGCCAAGAAGCACCUGGGAAUGGUUGCAACCUCAAUGCCAGCUGAGAGGAUUUUUUCAAAGGCAGGACAGUUACUAAGUACCAGGGGAAGUGCAAUAAAAUCGAAAAAUGUGAACAUGAUACUGUUCCUGAACAAAAACCUUUAAUCUGUUCUGAACAGGUGGGUGGGGGAUAUUUCUUUGAGCGUGUUUACACUUCAUUGUAUUUUUUAUUGUACUUUCUUUAUUGUAUUCCCACUAAUUAUUUUUUAUUUUUCAUUUUUUUCAAAGGCGGUUCUCUAAUUUUGUGCAUUUUAUUUAAGAAAAAGACAUUUUGUGUUACUUGUGCUUUAUAAUAAAGUAUUUAAUUACUUUGCCUAAAUUCUGUCCUGGGUUUUAACUAAUUAAUAAAAAAAUCACAAGACACUUAAAGUUAAUGAAAAUUAAUUCAGCUUUAGCAAUUUGAUGAUGCAUCCACCUUAAUUAUUAAAAAGUAUCGAUAUUGGUAUCGGUAUCAAUGAUACUGGCCCUGUAUUUACUUGGUAUCAGAUCGAUACCAAAUCUUGUAGUAUCGCACACCACUA